CCCGGAUUUAGCCCUCGAACAGGACUGUGGGAGCGAUGCGACGUCUCGGAGGAGGAGGAGGAGACGAACUGGCCAGGCAGCAGCAGACACCUGAGAGGAGGAUCUGAGUUUGUUUCUGUAACGUCAAAGAAAGGUUUAUUGCGGUCAUCACUAUGACUGAUGGGGAUUAUGACUUCCUUAUAAAGCUCCUUGCCCUGGGGGACUCCGGCGUGGGGAAGACCACGUUCCUGUACAGAUAUACAGACAACAAGUUCAACCCCAAGUUCAUCACCACAGUCGGCAUCGACUUCAGGGAAAAGAGAGUGGUCUACACAGCGUCUAACCCCAAUGGGACGACCACGGGUAAAACCUUCAAGGUUCACCUUCAGCUCUGGGACACAGCUGGACAGGAAAGGUUCCGCAGCUUGACCACGGCCUUCUUCAGGGAUGCUAUGGGGUUCCUGCUGAUGUUCGAUCUCACCAGCCAGCAGAGCUUUCUCAAUGUCAGAAACUGGAUGAGCCAGUUACAGGCGAAUGCUUACUGUGAGAACCCAGAUAUUGUUUUGGUAGGGAACAAGGCGGAUCUGGCCGACCAGCGGGAGGUUCAGGAGAGACAGGCCAAGGAGCUGGCCGAAAAAUACGGGAUCCCGUACUUUGAGACGAGUGCAGCGACAGGAGCAGAUGUGGACAAGGCGGUUCUAACGCUGUUGGACCUGGUCAUGAAGAGGAUGGAGCAGUGCGUCGACAAACCCCCUGCUGAGCCCGCCAAUGGAAACGGGGCCACAAAGCUUGGUGAUGCACAGCCAAUUGCUAAGAAAUGUACAUGUUAGAUGAAGAGGCGAUACAGGACAACAACCAGUCAGUGCUGCUCUGUCGUCUGUCCUUUCUUCUCACCACAUUCCUUCCUUCGUUUAUUUUAUCCUUGUCAUUUUUGAUAGCAUGUCUCUUCAUCUUGUCAUCACCCCUGUGCUCUUUAAAGCUAACAUUUAGCCAUGUUCUCCUAUUUUGGUUCUUUUCCUCCCUUUAUGCUUACUUGUCCUCCCUAAUUUCAUUCUGACAAUGAAAGAACUCUAUCCCCCUCUAAUGGACUUUUACGGUAAUACGGUCUCUGUUGGUCUGCCUUUAGGAGGAAAUAAAAACAGGAGGGGACAGUUUCAUCACUGUCAGACGCAUAAUGUGCCUAGUUAAAAACAUGCACCCUGGGAAUAGGCUCUGCACGCUCCCAAUUUAACUGCUCGCAAGUGCUUUGAAUAAUUUAACGGACCUAAACAGUCAAAAAGACACAUUUAAAAGUUUGAUUUGGACUCUUUAUAUGUUGAUCUAUCUAUUUAUGACUGCAAAAUGAGGGGGAUUUAACUUUGUUUUUAAUCAGUCUUGGUCCUCUCCUAAAGCGUUUGCUCCUGGAUCAGAGUGAGAAAUUGUGUGACUGAUAUGGUUUAAUUCCUCUGUUAUUUAUAAUUUUUUUCUCCCCGUUUCACAAAGUGUCCUAUGCUGUACCCAUAUGAGCCACAUUUAGUACCUUUUUGAUUAAUUUGAUAAAUUUUUUUGUCAGGUUUAGAGAUGGUAGACAUUUGCUAAAAAAUGCUAAAUGCUUUUUCUUUUUGUUAAUAAAAUAAAAAUUUAAAGUGCAGCAUAACAUAAAAUAAAAUCACCCACUGCUAGCUUCUUUUGUUUCUUUCUCUAGGUAACAUCAGAUAGCACCCUCUCAUGCAGUAUGGUAUCAAAAACAUGUACUUUUUUCCAUUGUCACUAAUUUUGUUUACAGGUAGUAUUGUCUUAUAUAGAUUAUAGAAAGUUGCACAUUUAAUAAAGGGUAUAGCAUUUGACCACGA